CUUGACUAAAAAUAAAAUAGGUCAAAUUAGAUUCCAUCACCCAGGUAUAUACCCUAGUAAAGCUCUGCUGAAUAGUAUAAGUUUGCAGAACAUAAUCGUGUGCAGUGCAGUCAUAAGGGGCACUUGGGCUUAUGUAGUUGCCAAGUUGGUAAUCGCGUCGUCGAAUGCAACGUCCAAGGCAUUAUGGAUGAAGAUAAAUAUAAUUACACUUCCUUUUGGGAUUUCAAUCAAACAAAUAUCUUAGGAGAUGAGGACUUUACCAAGGAAUACAUCAAAAAUCUUUUGGACAGCCAAAUAUGCUUACGCCAAGAACUGAAAGAAACUGAAAAGGACAGGGAUAAGUACAAACAAAAAUACGGAGAACUGAAACAAGCAGAUAAAGAAAAGGACAAAGUGAUUCAACAACUCGUGAUAAAUGGAAGAAGAAACUCAUUAACUGAAAACGACUACGAGGUGCUACCACCGCCAGAAUAUGAGUCAGGAGAAAAUCGAUUCAACCGAUCGGAUAGGAGUCAAACCAUGCCUAGAAUGGAUCGAUACAGAGAUCGUUUACUUCCCCCUAUACCAACUUCUGGGAAAGAUCUCACGAAUAUACAUCCUGUGAAUGAUGUUUUGCCCCGUUCAUCAUCAAGUAGUGGGAGUGAAACCGAAAAUCUAAAGAGGAGAAUGACCAAGAGAGGAAAAAAACGACCAAAAAAAUGAGCUGAGAAUAAAUUCAUGUAUAUUUAUAAUAUAUAUAUAUUUGGGCGUCUUUAAUUAAUAAUAAAUUUGCUUUAUCCUCAUAAUUUUGCUUUAUCGUAAUAUUAGUCUUUUUUUCUUCUUUAAAUGAGUCAUUUUCACGUUUGUUAUAAGUUUGUUCAACUUCCCAAUACCAUAUUUCAAUGAACUUUAAUUUGUUGAUCCGAACCAUUAGAAACAUAGACUAUUUAAUCUUAUUUUUAAAUGAAACAGGUUAUAUCAAUUGACACGCUUUAUUUCAUAAUUCUAUUGUGCUGCAUCUGGGCAAACGCCCUCGUAAAUAAUAGGUAAAAUAGGGUGGCUGUCACCAGUGGCGUAUCUAGGUAAAAUGGCGCCAAUGGCAAAGGUUUAAAAAUGCGCCCUCUACUUCGCUUGUUUCUUUUUGUCGUUUAUAUGAAAUUGAUUGCUCCCAACCACGAAAUAUAAUUACAUAACAAGCAAUUUAAUAACGACACAAUAAACAAAAAGCAGUGGAUGGUCGGGCAACAAAAAGAUCUUAGAAUAGUACUUUUCGUGACUUUCUUGACGCAAAUUCGUCAAUGAUUUCAUCAAAAUUUAUUAUUUUUUUUCAACCCUCUUUAUACGUGAUAAAGCCAGAUCACACAACCUUUCCUGGCUAAUUGAGGAUCGGAACUAUGACAGAAUUAACUUUAGUUUACUAAAAUAGCGCUCGCAACUUUCUAUAAAUACUGCCACUGUCAGCAAAAUUUGCAAAGCUAUCCGGAGAUUUGGGAUUAGGGAAACCCAGAAAAGACCCAGAAAGACCGAGAUGCUCUCGCAAUACAGGAUCAAAAGCGGCAAGGAAUUUCAUUAGGCCAAGCGCGCAAAGCGAGUUUUUGGUCCCCCAGAUAUUUUAUUCCAUGCAAUAUUCAUUUAAGCAUCUCACUCCAUUUUUGCCUUUUCUUCUCAAUUCGUAUAUGGAAUUCGGCGUCAAUAAUUCCGGUUUUAUUGCUUAAAAUUAUUUUUUACGCUGUAAAACACUCUCUCUCAUUGUACGAAUAUUCAUAAAUUUUUGCUCCAGUACGAUAUCAGAGCAAAUAUGAGGUGCAGUUAGUCCAGUACCGUAUCAAUUUAAGUUCAUUCAUGUUGAAGUAUGAAGUCACCGCCAAUUGCGCUAAGUGACAGAACAAACAAACUAAUUUGGUCGUUGGCUGACAAUUUUUAUUUACUUUUGUUGGAUUAGUUAUUAUUCAAUUAAAAAUACAAGUUUUAACUAUUUUCAAGUUUUAUUGAAAUAUUAUACCAGAAGAACUUUUCGCGUUUUUGCGCCCCCGUCCAAACGGCGCCCAUGGCACGAGCCAUGGCUGCCAUACCCUAGAUACGCCACUGGCUGUCACUUCUGCAUUAUCAUUCAAACAUUUACUAAAUGAUUAUGCAAGCUUUAUUUGUUGUCACGGGGAACUUUCAUCUCUUUGUAUGUAUGUAUAUUUACAUUUUCUGUUCAAAUAAAAUGAAACUAAUGGUUCUCUUUUUUAAAAAUAUUCCAUGCUUUAUCAAGCGAGAGGGAGACCGUUUCACGGGCUUGAGUUCACGUGUGAUAUUAUUCUAAGUUAUAUAUAUCUGAUAUAAAAUAUUUUCGUAAUAUCAUUACGUUCGUCAUAUUUCAAUAUCAUGAUAAUCUGAUGGAUUGAAUCCAAUUUUGUUCAGAUUUGAUUUUUUGUUUAAAACACCAAGACUUUAUGGAUGUAGUAACAGUAAUUGGAAAACUCAAUGCGGGUUAAAACUUCCAAAUAAAACAGAAUUGUCAUUGAAAAGUUACGGCAUUGGACGUCUACUUUUUGACUGUUUAUGAUAAUUCGUAGGAUUUUGAGUUUGCCGCAAUUAUUUAUUAUUUAUUGUCUGGUCGUAAUUGAGGUUGAAUAUGUUUGCACUAUGAUUUGCAUAUGUUCGUGAGCAAUGUCUGGUUGGGUAAAACGAGUCCGUUGAAAAACAAAUUUUGCUAGGCACGGUUCUUAGUUUGUACCUUGUUUAUACGGUAAAAAUUAAUAAUAGUUUCUCUUUAUUCAUGUGUAUGUAUAAAAUACCUAUUGCUCACAGAACAUCAUCUAUGCUGCAGUUAAUGCCAUGAAAUGAAUUGUGCAAACAUAUAUAUAUAAUGCUUUAACGCAAAUGUAUUGUUGUAUGAUCUUCUAUUUUAAAUUUUCGACUACU